CUGUUUCCGAAAGACCCUCGGCUCAAGAGAGGAGAACAAGAGAGGAAAACAAGACAAAAGGUCAUAUAGGACCAAGCAUAUCGAAAACAAUAUGAAAACAAGGAAUAACAAAAGCGAGAAAGUUAUGGUAGAACAGUCCGGAAAGAAAGGAGCAUUAACUACUAUAGAUAAAUAAGAUAACCAAAGUACAACGGCCCAACAAAUAUAAGCAGCAAUCAAAUGCAGAAAUCAAAUGGUAAUAAACAAAUGAGCAAAACUACAACUACUAUGGUGAAAGGAUAAGCCACCUAGCCUUCUAUCCUAAUCUGAGUCCUCCACAACCUCCUAUCUAAGGUCAUGUCUUCGGUGAGCUGAAACUGUGCCAUAUCCUGUCUAAUCACCUCUCCCCAAUACUUCUUCGGCCUCCCUUUGCCUCUCCUGAAACCGUCCAUAGCCAACCUUUCACACCUCCGCACUGGAGCAUCUGUGUCUCUCCUCUUCACAUGCCCAAACCAUCUCAGCCUCGCUUCCCGCAUCUUGUCCUUCACCGAUGCCACUCCCACCUUGUCUCGGAUAUCUUCAUUCCUAAUUCUAUCUCUCCUAGUGUGCCCACACAUCCACCGCAGCAUUCGCAUUUCCGCGACUUUCAUCUUCUGAAUGUGAAAUUUCUUGACUGGCCAACACUCUGCCCGUACAAUAAAGUCGGUCUAACCACCACUUUGUAGAACUUGCCUUUAUCGUCGUCGAUAUCCCCAUCUCCCUGUAUAAUAGACCCAAGAUACUUGAAACUUCCUUUCUUUUGAAUGGCCUGGGUACCAAGCCUCACUUCCUCGUUAGCCUCACGCGGUAGGCCACUGAACCUGCACUCCAAGUAUUCUGUCUUAGUCCUACUCAAUUUAAAUCCUUUAGACUCCAACGUCUGUCUCCAGCCCUCCAGCUUAUCGUUAACUCCGUUGCGAGUCUCGUCAAUCAGGACUAUGUAUCCGCGAACAACAUACACCAAGGCACCUCACCUUGUAUUUGUCGCGUCAAUUCAUCCAUCACCAGGGCGAAUAGAAACGGGUUAAGAGCUGAUCCCUGAUGCAACCCCAUCGAACAAAAAUAUCCAUGUUAGCAAAUUUAGGACCCAACUACUGAAAUCUCAUGUCACUUGCCUUUUGGAUGAGGUGGACACCACGUACCAUCCCGCCUUACCACCCUAAUAGCUACAGUUUGAAAUUUGUUCAUUAAUUUUUUAAAUUUUUUACCUUUUUCUCUUUUUGCUAUUCACACUUCGUUCUUUUUAUUUCUCAUAUUUUCACACUAAAGAAUGGAAGCAAAAAAGGAAAUAAAAACAAAGAAACCUAGAUAAUAAUAAGCUAAUAGAUUCACGGAGGAGAGAUUUUCAAUUCCUUUGUCACCAAAAAGACCUUCAAUCGCAUUACAUUCCUUCAUGAGUUUUAAAUUUGUCCUUCCGUUGAUUAGCAUAUGAGCUUGUGUCAUUGAAGAAAAAACAAGAAAGGAAUUUUCUUACACUGAUGUGCAUUGACGAUGGACAUAAGCUUUGUUGGAUAAUGGUGAAACCCAAGAGAUCAAGAAGGAAAAAGAAUGCCUCAAUUGGAGACAAUUUAGAAUCUGUGACUAUCGGUCAAGGAACAGCUGAUGGCAAAAGGGCGUUGUAUCACUGCAAUUAUUGCAACAAAGAUAUUAGCGGGAGAACUCGUAUAAAAUGUGCUGUAUGCUCUGAUUUUGACUUAUGUAUAGAGUGCUUCUCUGUUGGUGCUGAGGUGCAUCCUCACAAAAGCCAUCACCACUAUAGGGUCAUGGACAUCUUAGCUUUCCCGCUUAUCUGCCCGGACUGGAAUGCUGACGAAGAGAUGUUGCUUCUGGAGGGAAUUGAAAUGUAUGGCAUGGGUAAUUGGGCAGAAGUAGGUGAGCAUGUCGGAACAAAGUCCAAAGAAGCCUGCGUCGAUCAUUUUAAGGACGCAUACUUAGACUCACCUUACUUUCCUCUACCGGACAUGACUCAUGUCAUGGGGAAAAACAGAAAGGAACUCCUUGCCAUGGCUAAAGAGAAUUUCACAGAUAAGAAAGGACUCUCCUCAAUAGGUGAAGUUGUUCCUAAAGAUGAAUCAUUCUCUCCAUCUCGAGUCAAAGUUGAAGAUUCACAUAGAAAUGGUCCCUCGGGCCGUUUAACUUCUGUAUCCAAUGCGGGAAUCACAGGCAUAAAAAAGCCAUCCAGCAAGUCACAAAUCAAAGACCAAAAUGAACCUGUAAAAUUGGAAGAUAAUUCUUCAGGCAGAAAUUUCGGAGGCAAGAAACCUAAAUCUUUGAAGGAUGAUGGAUCCUCAUUGAUGAAGUUAAGUGGAUAUAACCUCAAAAGGCAAGAGUUUGAUCCUGAAUAUGAUAAUGACGCAGAGCAACUAUUGGCUGAUAUGGAAUUCAAGGAAACUGAAACCGAAGAGGAGCGCGAACUUAAGUUGCGUGUUCUGCGUAUCUAUUCCAAGAGGCUUGAUGAAAGAAAGCGCCGCAAGGAUUUUAUUCUAGAGAGGAAUUUACUCCAGCCAAGUGAAUUUGAGAAGAAUUUGUCUCCAGAAGAGAAAGAUAUAUGCCGGCGCUAUGAUGCCUUUAUGCGCUUCCUCUCCAAGGAAGAGCAUGAAGAAUUACUAAAGACUCUGGUCACAGAACAUAGAUAUCUGAAAAGAAUACAAGAACUCAAGGAAGCGAAAGCUGCUGGUUGUCGUUCAUCAGCUGAAGCUGAGAGAUACUUAGAAAGGAAAAGGAAGAGGGAAGUUGAAGAAGGUGUUCCCAGAAAAGAAAGUUCUCAGAUUGGUCCAACGAGCCAGGAAAGCCUGAACAUGCCUGCUUCCUCUGACUCACUUGGAACACAUUCAAAUAGAAAACCUUGUAGCCAGGCGAAUUUGAGUUCCAUCACCGACUCAGGGGUUGCAUCUUUUUCCACAGGAGAACUGUUAUCUGAACCUGAGAAACAGCUAUGCCGAGAAAUCAGGUUAUCGCCACACCAUUAUCUUAGGAUGCAAGAGGUUCUUACAAUACAAAUUUACAGUGGCAAUAUCACUAGAAAAUCUGAUGCUUAUCCCUUGUUCGCAAUAGAAGCUACUAAAGUAGAUAGAGUUUAUGAUAUGCUUUUGAAGAAAGGAGUUGCACCCUUGUAAUAAAUUGUCAAGACAUUAUCCGUUUAGGUUUAAAUGACGUUUCCUAGUUUUCUCUA